AGGUGUGCGUCCUACUUCUAGCGCACUUGCUGACCCGGACUCGCCAGGAUGGGGAACUGCAUUGUGCCAUACUGCGACGGGCCAAAAAGCACUAACAUCAGAUGGACGCUACCGGCCGUGUGCUUUGUAUGGCAAACCGCCAUGAUUAUACUAUUUGGGGUAUUUGUCCGUUAUAAUGGUGAAUCAGACGCACACUGGGCUGAAUUUAAAAUGGCACGUAACAUCACCAGCGACAUUGAUAAUGACUUCUACUUCAGAUAUCCAAGUUUCCAGGAUGUGCACGUCAUGAUCUUCGUGGGCUUCGGGUUCCUCAUGACGUUUCUGAAGCGUUAUAGCUUCGGUGGUGUCGGCUUCAACUUCCUCGUUGCCGCGUUUGGGCUGCAGUGGGCUCUGCUCAUGCAGGGCUGGUUCCACUCUCUGGACUACACGGAUGGCAUGAUCAAAAUCGGCAUAGAAAACUUAAUUAAUGCAGAUUUCUGUGUGGCGGGAUGUCUGAUCGCCUACGGAGCCGUCCUGGGGAAGGUCAGCCCUGUGCAGCUCAUGGUCAUGACCCUGUUUGGCAUUACCCUGUUUGCUGUGGAAGAAUAUAUCAUUUCCGACCUCCUUCACGCCAGAGAUGCUGGGGGUUCUAUGGUGAUCCACAUCUUUGGAGGUUAUUAUGGAUUGGCCAUCUCAUGGGUCCUCUAUCGACCAAACUUAAAGGAGAGCAGCCAGUUGCAGGGCUCAGUCUACCACUCGGAUGUGUUUGCUAUGAUUGGAACCUUAUUUCUCUGGAUGUUCUGGCCCAGUUUUAAUUCUGCCACUUGUGACCAUGGAGAUGGUCAGCACAGGGCAGCCAUUAACACCUACCUGUCCUUAGCCGCCACGGUGCUCACCACCUUUGCCAUCUCCAGCCUGUCUCAGAAGCAUGGAAAACUGGACAUGGUACACAUCCAGAAUUCCACCCUAGCAGGGGGUGUAGCUGUAGGAACAGCUGCAGAGUUCAUGCUGAUGCCUUAUGGGUCUUUGAUAGUAGGAUUCUGCUGUGGGCUCCUUUCCACACUGGGCUACCUAUACAUCACACCCUUUAUGGAAAAGAAGCUAAAGAUCCAAGACACGUGUGGGAUCCAUAACCUGCACGCCAUGCCGGGCGUCAUAGGGGGAAUAGUGGGAGCCAUCACAGCCGCUGCUGCUACCGAAUCCGUUUAUGGCAAAGAAGGGUUGGUAAACACCUUUGAUUUUACUAAUGAGUUCAAGAACAGGACUCCUGCUGUGCAGGGUGGCUAUCAGGCAGCUGCCAUGUGCGUGGCUGUGUGCUUUGGAAUAGGUGGUGGAACACUUGUAGGUCUCAUCCUGAGGAUGCCUAUCUGGGGCGACGUGACAGAUGACAACUGUUUUAACGAUGAGUUCUACUGGGAGGUGCCUGAUGAAGAGGAGAUUGUUGUGCCUGUUCUAGAGUACAACAACCACAUGACUCCCAACAAGCACACAGACAUGUGA